GACUUGAACUACAGAGCGGGGCUGUAGAAGACAAUUCAGUACACACUAGUACACAUAGGAACGACGCCUGGAAAUCACAGAAACUAUGAAUGCGGAACUGAAACCUACGCGAAUAUAGACUUCGCCAAAUAUAAACCGAAACUAAAAUAUGUAGUGGGAAGAUGCAGUAACAAAGCCUGCACUCUACAUAACUUUUAGGGAACAUGGACGAGAUAAGACCGCUGUUGGACAACUCGCCAGCAGAGGGCGCAGAUGUUCCACAUCUGAACCUGAGGCCGAGGCACCAGGAGUUGAUCCCGACACCAUGCGGCCCGAUCAAGCCCUGGGCGGAGCUGAGCCGGGCGGUGCAGCUGUACUUCUGCUUCACGCUGGCCUCCAUGUGCGUGCUGCUGGGCCUCACUCUGGCCAGCUUCUGCGGACAGUACGACGCCCUCCUGGAGCAAGACUUGGGCGUCUCCCUCAUCCAGCUGGUGGGAAUCUUGUUCUGCGUGUACUACGUGGUGCGGGGCGUGCUGCAGGAGAACAGACAGGAGCUGUGUGCCUUCCUACUGAGCGUGCUCACUCUUGUCCUCCGCUCAGUGCUCAACUACAGCCUCCUGCCGCACCAGGAGCAGCAGCAGCUAAUGGUGAGGUUUGUGUGCAUACUGUGUGUGGGCGUGGUCCACGUCGUCUGCACCUGCCUCCUCAUCGGCACGGCUGAUAGGAUGGCCUUUCGCGUGGGCGGGGCAUUGGAGAGCGUCCAAGAGCGCUACUUCCUGCUAAACCUGUGCUUCUCCAUGGUGACCUUUGACCUGCAAGCUCAGCUGUGCUUGUGUAUCUUGAUGAAAUCGGGGAGCGAAGCCACGAACCUCAGGGACUGCAUUCUGAUCGGCUGCGCCCUCUUCUGGUCAUGUCUCACUACUGCAGUCGGCGUGGUUGCUCUUUUGAAAGAAGCCCGAGUCUUGGUUUUGGUAUUCCUCCUCCUGAACAUUCCAGAAGUGGCCUUUUUCAUCUAUCUCAUGUUCACGGUCAUCAGCAGGUGGCUGGCAGACAGCGGCGGCCCCCACACGCUGGAGGCUGCCAGCGUGGUGGGGGCCCUGCUCUCCGUGGGGAUCAAGAUGGUGCUCCUGGGGGCACUCGGCCGUCUGGACAAGCACUUCCGUCAGGGCCUGAGGGGCGCGGAGCCUAGAGCUGCCGGCUGAAGCAUUAGUUACAAAUAUACAUAUUUUUUCCAUCAUUUUCAUAUUAAGUACAUAUCUAUAUAUAUACACCUGUAUCUAUAUAUCUAUAUAUAUUUGAUAUACAUGUGCACUUUUCUGGCUAAUAUUUUGCCUAACGUUUUUCUUCCCUGGACUUCAGCCUACUGAAGUUUCUGAGGUUCAAGGAGAUGGUCGCUAGAUAGCCCCGGUGUUUGAACCAACCAACCUGUACUAUGUCCGGUCACUGCCCUGCGCCGUCCACUACGCACUCAGACAAGCCGCUCUGUGCUCUUCGGUUUGCCUCGUGCGUCGGCUGUUACUACUGACGACUGUCAUCCAAAGCACUUUUAGAAAUGGGGAUACAGGUCAUCCAUGAGCAGGUGGCUAAAGCAUUUUACUAAAAAGACAUUGGGAUUAAAAUUCAGUUCCUUUAACGUACGGUAUUAAUUGACCGUGUCCAUUGUAACCCGUUAACUGACCGUCUCCAUGGAAACCUGUUAACCGACCGUCUCCAUUGUAACCUGUUAACUGACCAUCACUAUGAAUAACCUGUUUAUUGACCGUCUCCAUGGAAACCUGUUUACUGACCGUCUCCAUGGAAACCUGUUAACCGACCGUCUCCAUUGUAACCUGUUAACUGAC